GGAAAGGCAAAACCCCAUUCCUCCUCCCCUCGUCACGAUCGCCGUGGCCAUGGCGGACGCCGGCAACGACAGCAGGGCGCUGGUGCCCGCGCGCCCGUGCGCCUAUGCUGUGGCGCCGCCGCGGACGCGGACGCGGACGCGCAAUCAGAAGUGGGAGGUGGAGUACGCGCGCUACUUCGGCACGCCGCGGCGGGACCCCUCCGCGCCGCCGCCCCCCGGGCUCCGCCACAUUACCCGGGGCGUCCAGCGCCACCAAGGCACCUGGCUCCCCGCGUCAUCCCCCGCCGCGCUCUGCAUCUCCCGCUCCACCCUCCCCUCCGCGGUCCCCGUCCUCACCGUCUCCAUCGGCGACGUUGUCUUCGAGGAGCACUUUGUGUCGAUUCUCAACUUUUCAUGGCCUCAGGUUACUUGUGUGACGCAGUGCCCCAUCAGAGGUAGCAGGGUGGUGUUCAUGAGCUUUUGUGAUAAGUCUAAACAGAUCCAGAAGUUUGCUGUACGCUUCCCACAGCUAUGUGAUGCAGAGUCAUUCUUAAAUUGUGUGAAGGAGUGUUCAUGCGAAACCCUGGACAUCAUACCAUCUGGAAGUGAUUAUUUGUGUGAAUAUUCAUCAGCAUCUGAAUAUUUUGCUUCUAAUGGACUUCACCGCAGGCCUGAUGAUGCUUCAAGCUUUGAGGAGCAAGCUUCUGAUCACAUGAUUGAGGCUCCAACAACAAGCUACCAUGAGGAACCGUACCUGCCUGUUAUUGAACCUCUCACUGGUAGCAACACUAAUAACAGCUACUCUGGUUUCCCUCCUAGUUUCAGUCAAAUGCUGACAAAUUGUUCAACUCAGAAUGCACAUGAUACAGAGGAACCCUAUGCAGUGGGUGCAACAAAUCAUGCUCCUCAAGAGGUAUAUGCACUGGAUACUUCUCAUGAUGUUUUAGUUGCCACUGAAGAAACGACUGCUGAUAAAGGAAUACAUGCUGGUGAGGGAAUCGAUACCAGUAUAUUAACAGGUGACAUAAUGGCACGGAUAAAGACAUAUAUGGCUGAUGACUCCUUUAAUGAGCGGUGCGUGGGUGUUUAUGUAAAGCUCCUGUUGCCCAUCAUGUGCGACGAACAUCUGUGCCCAUGUUCAUCUGUUCAGCUUCAUGGCAAGGGUAACCUCAUGGCCGUCGAAAUCUGAUGCCCGUGCAUCUGUUUGUUGGUAUCUAGGCUGGCGUAACAGUUCUAUCAGCCCAAGUGCGUGCUAUGGUGCUGAGGGAUAGCGAUGUUGGUCAACAUGGCUCUCAACCUGGGGAGAGAACGCAAGUGCUCAACCGCCUGGAAGGCCCCUAUGGAACAAACUGUUUGCUCCUGGGGUGCGGGAAAACUCUGAAGGCCACCUUGCCGUUUCUGGGUGGCCGGGGUGGCCAUGGCAGAGCGAAACGUGCUGCAGUGACUGCUCGCGCCGGUGACUGCACGGCCAGCCGUCGGAGGAGGGCUGGUGCAUUGGUGCUAGCUCCUCCCAUCUGGCCGUGCAUACUUCUCCGGGCGGGGGAAUCGCCGGACGACCGCGAGGGCACUGCCCUUUCUUCUUUUCUUGGGGGGAAGGGUGGGCUCUCAUUCAUCAACAUGUGCGACGAAUUGAUUUCAGCUGGAUUCCUUAUCGGAGAUUCAAAGGUGGGACUGUGCCUU